UGAUUGUUACAUAAUCUAGUUGGCAGAAGAAAUGAAAUGAGAAUACUAUCCCGACGAGUUUAGCUCUUUUCCUCUGAUUUUGGUUUGAAUCCGUAAAAGAUUGUUUCCCCAUCCGCAAAACUCCUUGGAUUCGUGUUUCAAUCUCAUAGCUUUCUUGUUGAAAUUUGCGAUCCGAGAGACACCAGAUCCGGAAGAGGAAGAAGAAAACAAACAAUGCAAGCAAGGCAUGGGCACUCGUCGUAUCGAGAUCGGACGGACGAGUUCUUCGGCAUCGUCGAAACGCUGAGGAGAUCGAUUGCUCCGGCGCCGGCGAAUAAUGUGCCGUAUGGUGGUGGGAGAAGAGAGGAUCCGAGAUCCGCGGCGGUUAUGCAAUCGGAGUUUAACAGAAGAGCUUCUGUGAUCGGUUUAGCUAUCCACCAGACGUCUCAGAAGCUUUCCAAGCUUGCCCAACUGGCAAAGAGGUCAUCGGUUUUUGACGAUCCCACACGGGAGAUAGGAGAGCUGACGGCGGUAAUCAAACAAGAGAUCUCUGGACUAAACACCGCUCUGAUCGACCUUCAAGCUGUACGCAACUCUCAUAAUGAUGAAAGGAACAUCUCUAGAGACACAACUACUCACUCAGCGACAGUGGUCGAUGAUCUAAAGAAUCGUUUGAUGGACACUACCAAAGAGUUUAAGGAUGUUCUCACUUUGAGAACUGAGAACAUGAAGAUUCAUGAAAAUAGAAGGCAAAGAUUCACGAAUAACCCUUCAAAAGAAUCAACAAACCCAUUCGUUCGCCAGCGCCCUUUGGCUUCUAAGCCUGCGCCUAGCCAACCUGCUCCUCUCCCAUGGGCUAAUGGCUCUUCUUCAUCGUCAUCUCAGUUAGUCCCAAGGAGACAGGGAGAGGCUGAAUCUUCUCCAUUGUUGCAGCAGAGUCAACAACAACAACAGAUGGUCCCGUUGCAAGACACUUAUAUGGAGAGCCGCGCAGAAGCUCUACACAACGUAGAAUCAACAAUCCACGAGCUAAGCAAUAUCUUUACACAACUAGCAACCAUGGUUUCUCAGCAAGGGGAGAUCGCUAUCAGAAUCGAUCAGAACAUGGAAGAUACAUUGGCGAACGUAGAAGGCGCACAGAGCCAACUGGCUAGGUAUCUGAACAGUAUAUCAUCAAACCGAUGGCUCAUGAUUAAGAUUUUCUUCGUACUGAUUGCAUUUCUCAUGGUUUUCCUCUUCUUCGUGGCCUAAUAUUGAGAUUUUUUGUUUUAAAAGUGUUUCAAACAUAUAGACAUGUAAAGACUACAAGAGAAGGGGAUCUUGAUGCUCUUUGUUCAGA